AUGCGGCCAUGUGGUUUCAAGUUUUGUCCACACGUGAAGGCCGAGAAGGAGGCCGUGUGGUUCCACCAAGGCAUCGCCCAACACCGACCCCCAAGCUGCAUCUCCCCCCAGGGCCUGCUGGGGAGCUCUCGAGCUGGUCUCAGCAUCGCGAAGGACAGUGAUGAUGACGAGGAGGUGGUGCAGGUGGACAGGGACCACUUCAUGGACGAGUUCUUUGAACAGGUGGAGGAGAUCAGAGGCUGCAUAGAGAAGCUGUCGGAGGAUGUGGAGCAGGUGAAGAAGCAGCACAGCGCCAUCCUGGCCGCGCCCAACCCGGACGAAAAGACCAAGCAGGAGUUGGAGGACCUCACAGCUGACAUCAAGAAAACAGCUAAUAAAGUUCGUUCAAAAUUAAAAGCGAUCGAGCAGAGCAUCGAGCAGGAGGAGGGUCUCAACAGAUCAUCGGCCGACCUCAGGAUCCGUAAGACACAGCACUCGACGCUGUCACGUAAGUUCGUGGAGGUGAUGACGGAGUACAACACCACGCAGUCCAAGUACCGGGACCGCUGCAAGGACCGCAUCCAGAGACAGCUGGAGAUCACUGGGAGAACCACCACCAACGAGGAGCUGGAGGACAUGUUGGAGAGCGGCAAGCUGGCCAUCUUCACCGAUGAUAUUAAGAUGGAUUCUCAGAUGACGAAGCAGGCUCUGAACGAGAUCGAGACCCGACACACCGAGAUCAUCAAGCUGGAGAACAGCAUCCGGGAGCUGCACGACAUGUUCGUGGAUAUGGCCAUGCUGGUCGAGAGCCAGGGAGAGAUGAUUGACAGAAUUGAGUACAACGUGGAACACUCCGUGGACUACGUGGAGCGAGCCGUGUCCGACACCAAGAAGGCCGUCAAAUACCAGAGCCAGGCCCGCAAGAAGAAGAUCAUGAUCAUCAUCUGCUGCGUCAUCCUGGGCGUGGUCCUGGCCUCAACCAUCGGUGGAACGCUGGGCUUCUAA